AUGGUGUGGGGUGCGUUUGGAUUCAACGGAACCACAGAUUUAGCAUUUAUAACUCAAAGAAGGAAUUCAAAGAAGUAUCGAGGCAUGCUUGAAGAUCAUUUAUUGGAAGCUGGACCAAAUUGGAUCUUUCAACAAGACAAUGCCCCCGUGUACGCCUCUAAAUCAACAAAAAUGUGGUUUAAACGGUUGCAGUCGACCGUUUUCGUCCGAAGCGUGGACACCGCCACCGCGCCACCUCCGACUCUCCCGCGCGGAAAGCGGCCAGCAACGGCGGAAGUCGGACGCACGUGCCGGAACACGGCGCUAAACGGAGAGUUCGGGCAGUUCCACCGGGGAGAAAGCGGAAAAGACGACGUAACGAAGAAGCGUAAUUACGUGGAUUACUCCGCCUCGUCCGUUGUUUGCCAACUCGAUAUUAAUUAUCGGCCCGUCUUCUCGUUUAAAGAAUACAGUAUAUUGGAAGAGAGAAAAAGCCUCCGGGCAUUUCCGAAUUGUCGCGUGUCGUCGUAUCUAUUACGCGGCUAA